AUGUAAAUUCAUACUGCUAAUAUCAGUAAUAGCUCAUCAAAACGCUAUCAAACAUGGACCAGGAUAAAAACAUAUUGCUCGAUUAUAUUACCAAUUAUGACCGGUGUUUGAUUAAGCCAACUGAGCCGGUUCAUUUAGUAGUACAUAAGCCCAACAAGCGUGUCAUUUUGGAGAUACGAUGUCCUGGCUCAUUAUCAGGCUAUUGUGAUUCAAAGGAUGAACAUACCUGGCACUGUUACAAAUGCGACGAACUAAUUGAGCAUGGUUUCGAUGGCCACUUUUAUUGUGCAUGCGGUAAAGCGUCAAGUAAAUCUUACCAGUAUAAAUGUAACAGUGAUAAGCACGGUGGUGAUUUCUUAAGUUUCACAGAUAAUGAUUUGGCAAAACUAUUAGAAAAAUUGCGACCAAUGAAAGAGAUGAAUAUAUUGAUUUUGGGCGAAAUUGGCGUGGGUAAACAACGCGUUAGAUUUAUUGAUACGCCUGGCAUUGGUGACACGCGUGGCCUCGAACAGGACAAAGAGAACUUCGACGCCAUAUUGGGCUACAUCUCAAACCUGGAUGAGUUGCACGGCAUAUGCAUACUUUUGAAGCCCAACAACACCCGACUCACUGUUAUGUUCCAGUUCUACGUCAAAGAGUUGUUGACACAUUUGCACAAAAGUGCAAGCAACAACAUCGUGUUUUGCUUCACUAAUGCACGUAGCACGUUUUAUAGACCGGGUGAUACACUGCCGGCGCUAACAAUGCUUCUGAAUGAGAAUAAAGACGUUAAUAUAGAGCUGUCGAAGCAUACGAUAUAUUGUAUGGACAACGAGUCGUUUAGAUUUCUGUGUGCUAUUCAUAAUGGUAUUAAAUUUGAGCAAGAUGAUAAACAUAAUUUUUCGGUCUCGUGGGACAAGUCGGUGGCCGAAACAAAUCGACUGUUCGAACACAUCGACGGCCUAAAGCCGCACAACACCCGGGACACUUUAUCGCUGAAUGACGCGCGCAAGGUCAUUUUGAGUUUAACAAAACCAAUGGCUGACAUUAGCAAGAACGUUCAGACAAAUAAGGUGAACGCUUUGAAACAGGAAGAGGAAGAGAUCCGAUCCGUGGCCGUCAAGUUGGGCAGUUUCCUCAAAAUGAAUGCAAUCAGUUCUUAUAACGACUCGCUUAAGGAUUAUCUGACGGUGCUCAUUAGACAGGAAAAGGACAAGGUGUCCGCUGGUGGUGAUGAUAAAACACUGAACAGUUUGGAGGCAAUGCUGGCUAACUAUACGGAAGAAGUGAAAGUAUUGGAGCAAUCGAUGGCUAGCGGUGAACAUGUGUCAGUGCUUUGCCCUGAUGAUAUCAAUAAACUGGUCCAAUCCCUCUACAAGCUUAAGGAGAACGGCAAACAAAUUCAGGAUAAUAUGAAUCUGUGUUCGGCAUCGAAAGCCCGCAUGCAGUCCACGUACACAGAGACUCAUUACAGCGCCCGACAAUAUAAACGGUCGCCACCCGUUUAUAAGGGUAGUGGGAAUGAUGGCUAUAGGGGUGGUGAGAGUGGUGCCUAUAACGAGCCAGAUAAAUCGGUUAAGCAAGCAAGGUCCAUUUUUAAACCGUGGACAUGGUAACCGAUUACAGGCCUUCAUAAAAUGACUUAUAAGACGUGAAUUAAACAUUUCUUUAGAUAAUGAAACUCUUAGAACUAUUGUCAUAUGAUUUAAUACCAAAUAUUUUUAGUAAUAAUUAACUACAUUAUGUGUCAA